UCAUCUCAAACACAAACCCUAGAUCAGGGUUUAAAGAUUUUCUUUUCGUCUAAAAUUCCAUCUCUUGAUUCUUCUUCAAUUACACAUUUCAUUUUAGCAAACAAUAUCUUCUCAAUGGCAGCCCAAACAGCAGCUACCACUUUCAAUGGGAAUUUAAAGAAAGCACUUGCUGGUCUGAGGCGUAUUAAUCUAGAAGGUUUGAGAUGGAGGGUUUUUGAUGCUAAAGGCCAGGUUCUUGGAAGAUUAGCUUCUCAAAUUUCUACUGUAAUUCAGGGAAAGGACAAACCUACUUAUGCCCCAAAUCGUGAUGAUGGGGAUAUGUGCAUUGUGAUCAAUGCGAAGGAUGUAUGUGUUACAGGGAGAAAACUUACAGACAAGGUUUAUUACUGGCAUACAGGCUAUAUCGGCCACCUUAAAGAAAGAACUUUAAAGGACCAGAUGGCAAAGGAUCCUACAGAAGUCAUAUGCAAAGCUGUGCUACGCAUGCUUCCUAGAAACAAACUGCGGGAUGAUAGAGAUCGGAAAUUGAGGAUAUUUGCUGAUAGUGAGCACCCCUUUGGUGAUAGGCCCAUUGAACCAUAUGUGAUGCCUCUCCGAAAAGUACGAGAAAUGAGACCUCGUGCAAGAAGAGCCUUGAUUCGAGCUCAAAAGAAAGCUGAAGAGCAAGAGCGAGGUGGCAGCCAAAGAAAAGGCAGGAAGAAGGAAGCCAAAACAGAAGUAGUAGCAUGAAGGGUGAUUGAUCUCAUCCCCUCUCCAGACAUCCAGUGUUUUUCCUGUUCAGU